GGUAUCAAAUUCUAGACUGUGUUUCACUUUCGUGUCACUGUUGACGGGAGAUGGCGCCGAUUCCAAAGACUGUGGGGCGGAUCAAGCUAGACUGCCCUGUGCGUCCUGGAUGCCCGCUGGGGGUCGCUGCAGUCCCCAAACUCUAUAAGGAAUUCGUACCAGAGGACAGCGGAAAAGAGGACGUAGUGGAUUUUCUUCGCCAGCUUGUGGAGAGUGAUCCCCAGGGCCUGCACCGGAUCCAUGUGGAUGGGAGCAGCAGGCAGUUGCAGCAAUGGCAUCAUGAUUACCCCUUGGACCAUUUCUGUGAUGAAGGAAACACGACUGGACAGAGUGUCAGGGGCAAGGGGGCUGAGGGACUGGGCACCUACUGUGGUUUCCAAAAGUCCUUCCUAUACCCUCCGCAAGGGGCUGAGCCCUGUUCUCAAAGUCCCUCUGCCUCUGCAUCCUUCCCCAGUGACUCAGAUAGCCUGCUUCAGGUGGCCCUGCCCCAGAAACUCCAGGUGACGGAAGAGGAAGCCAACCGCCUGGCCGAGGAGCUGGUGGCUGAGGAGGAGCGCAUGAAACAAAAAGCAGAAAAGAAACGACGCAAGAAGAAGCGUCAAAAGGAACGGAAACGACAGGAGCGGUUGGAGCAGGAUGGUGGGGAGUCCAAGGUGAAGGCUACCUCAGACGGGGAUGAGAGCCCCUCAGCCAGCCCCGGGAAACUGGCUCAGGGACAGUGUGGUGAGGAAGAGGACCCACUGGAUCUAUCUAGCACUUUUGUGUCUCUGGCUUUGCGCAAGGUUGGGGAUUGGGCCCCCAGUGCUCACCGAGAGAAGGGAGUGAGCCAGGAGCUCCGUAUCAGGGGCCAGGGCACCCAGGAGAAGAUGAGCCAAGAGGAAAGGAACCCUUCAAAAGAGGAGAGGCCCAGACAGAGUUGUAAAGUGCAGGCAUCUACAGGACUGGUGGCAGCUGCCUUACAGCAGAGCCAGGAAUUGGCAAAGUUGGGUACCAGCUUUGCUCAAAGUGGUUUCUACCAUGAGGCUGUGGACCUCUUCACCCAGGCCUUAAAGCUCAAUCCCCGGGACCACCGGUUAUUUGGAAAUCGCUCCUUCUGCCAUGAGCGGCUGGGUCAGCCAGUGUGGGCCCUGGCUGAUGCCCAGGUGGCCCUUACCCUGCAGCCUGGAUGGCCCCGGGGCCUCUUCCGCCUGGGCAAGGCCUUGAUGGGACUACAGCGCUUUAGGGAGGCUGCUGCUGUGUUCCAGGAGACUCUGAGAGGGGGUUCUCAGUUGGAUGCAGCCCAGGAGCUACGCUCUUGCCUUCUGCAGCUCGCUCUGGUAAGGGAGCAGGAUCAUCAGCAAGGGAGAAUUUGUGUACCACCUGGAUUGACCAGGGCCCCCCAGCAAUCUGCCCAUUCUGAGCCAGGAGCCUCAGGCCUACUCUCCCUCAGUCAUCCUCCAAGCACUGUUCCAAGGUCCCCUGGUCUGGCUCCACUCUUGCAUUAUCCUCCAUAUCACCUGAGCCACUCCAAUUGGCCUUUCCCUCAGACUCAGAGUAGAAGACCCCACUCUCUUCAUCUCCAGGACCCUUCAAAGAACUGGGACAUCCUGGGAUUUUGGUCCCAGCAUCUGCCUCAGGCUAGAUGAAAGAAGACCUGUCCCUCAUAUGGCAAGGCCAUGUGGACAUCCCAAGGGAUUGGGGAUACUGUGGGGACAAUUCACUGCAUGUUUUGAGAUGCUGUACUCAAAAGCUGUAGUUGAGGACAAUGCUGGCAGUUGUUCUUGCCACUGAAGACCUUCCAAUGAGAGAAGGGAGUCCCAUAUCAACUGAAACAUCCUUUCUUUGGUUCUUAAGCAGAUGGCUUCUUCUAGGGGUGGUAGGAAAAACAAAAUCCACCAUUGCCCAAGAUAGGAACUAUAUAGAAGUUCCGGUCUUUAGACUACAUAAGAGUCAAUAAGGUUGCAUCUGGGGCUUGCUCUGCUUCUUGGCUUCAUUCACCAGCUAGAACUUUGUGCUCAGGAAUGAGGUCAGAGUAAUGAAUAAGGUUUGAGUCCCACAGUUUAGCUUAAUGACAUUUACGUCCUCCUCACCCCAGCUCUUGCCCUAUCUUUUUAGCUACAACACCCAGUUUACUUCAGUCCCUUGUGUCAUUUCCUGUCUACAUUGCUAUGCACACUCUGACCUCUGCUUUGUCUGAUGGUCUUAAACCCACAUCCUCCUACUCCUGGAAGAUUCUUUAAGGUUUGCAUUCAAAAUGUCCCUUACUGUCUGAUUUCUGGAACUCGCGGGGCCCACACAUCUCCACAUUCCCUACUGCCAACUCUCCUAUUACAUGGUUCCCAGGCUGCUGCUACCUUGGGCACUUUUUCCACCCAGCACUAGGCAUUGCAAUUAGCCUUUCCCCAAGAGUUUCCCCAUCAAAGGUCCCUGCCCCAAAGAUGGCUAUAAUUCUCUACUUCCUGUGUAAGAAAUAUGAUUUUCUUUUGGCUUCUCUAAGAUCCUGGCAGAUUCCUUUGGCUGAUUCCGUACUGACCCUGCCUAGGACACUUAGCUCAUUUAGGUGUGGAUCUGCAGUGGGAUGGGGGGGUCACUUUUAGCCCUCUUUUCCAAAUGUCUUCCCCAGAGGAAUCAUUUAGUCUUGUUCGACUUGGAGAUAGGAGGUAUUGAAAUUUCACUCUUAUACAAGACUUCCUAAAAUUUUUUGUUUGUGAUUUAAGCCCCUUAAAUACUGUGUAGCAGGUUGAAGUCUACCAUUACUAUGUGGGUCACUUUGGGCAAAUCUCCAAAUAGUUAAGCCUCAGUUCCCUCAUCUAUAAAACAGGCAAUUCCUACCUCACAGGGCUGCUGUGAGGAUUAACAGAGAAUAAGAAAAUACCACAAAGUGCCUAGUAUAUACAGGAUGCUAAAUAAACUAUUUUUGCUUAUAACUA